CUCGCCACGCGCAUGCACCUCCAUCUUUGGCAGAUCGACCGAGGCGCACACGGCUCUAAUGCCCUUGGGAUGACUUUCAUGUCUGAUAUAGUCCUAGCGGACCCUAUAGCUUACUCUGCGUCGCUUGUGGAGUGACAUUGGAACGAGAUGACUGGUCUGGGUGGCUUGGUCGGGUUUGGGAGGCGUUCAACAUAUGGUAAUGCCUCUCUUGUCAUGGGCGGGAGGUGCGUUUGGUUGGCUUUAAUCGUCCUUGAGGUUAAUGGAAGUGUUUUUCUCGUACAGGGUAACAUUGUCCGUAGCGGAUCAUACGACGUAACGUCUCAUCGUGUGGCAGCCGGGUUCGGGGAUGCGCUCAACUUAUAGGACUGCAUUUUCUAUCGCGUACGGGAGGUGAGUACUAGUUCGGGCGGGCCUUGGUCUGUUUAACUUUGACAUUAAGCAGGUCUCAAGCUUCUGCUGUGAGCGGUGCCAAAUGAGUGAAUAAUGAUAAGGAUUUGCACAGUGUUUUCCAACCUACACUUCCCAUCGGAGAUCGUUUUUCUCGAUGUUCAUGAUGAAUGAUUUGUACUGGGCCUUAGAGCGCUGAGCUCCAUCCAAAUGUGAGAACACGACCAGGUUAGAAGCUCUAAGAAAAGCCGUGCAUCCAAAAUAAUUUGUGAAGUCGCGGCAAAC